GACCUCACACUGGUGGAUGUUAUUUAUCAUAACACCUCUACUACCUGGUUUGAGGCCCAGUCUAUCUGCAGGAGGAACCACGCUGACCUGCUCACUGUCAGAGGUGAUCUAGAGAGACAGUUUUCUGUGCGUGGCGGCGGCUGGAUCGGACUGUCCCGAAAAGACAACACAAGCCCAUGGAGGUGGUCCAGAGGAGACGAGAAAGCAAACUUCACUAGCUGGGAACAUGAUUAUCCUAGAAAAGAUAAGCACUGUGCCUGGAAAAAAUUUGAGACAGACAAAUGGCGGGAUGAAAAAUGUGACGGUCAGCAUUCAUUCACGUGUCACAAAACAACACUGGUGCUGGUGAAGGAGAACAAGACGUGGGAGGAGGCCUUAGAGCACUGCAGGUCUCUGCAGGCAGUGCAACUAGAAAAACAGUCCUCUGUGUUG